AUGUCUCUCUCCAACAAGCUCCCCAUCACCGACGUCGACCUCAAGGACAAGCGUGUCUUGAUCCGUGUCGACUUCAACGUCCCUCUCGACGAGAACAAGAACGUCACCAACCCCCAGCGCAUUGUCGGUGCUCUCCCCACCAUCAAGUAUGCCAUCGACAACGGCGCCAAGGCCGUCAUCCUGAUGUCCCACCUCGGUCGCCCCGACGGCAAGGUGAACCAGAAGUACAGCCUGAAGCCCGUCGUCCCCGUCCUGGAGAAGCAGCUCGGCAAAAGCGUCAUCUUCACUGAUGACUGUGUUGGACCCCAGGUUGAGGAGACCGUCAACAAGGCCACCGGUGGCCAGGUCAUCCUCCUGGAGAACCUGCGCUUCCACGCCGAGGAGGAAGGCAGCUCCAAGGAUGCCGAGGGCAAGAAGGUCAAGGCCGACAAGGAGAAGGUUGCUGAGUUCCGCAAGGGCCUCACUGCUCUCGGUGACAUCUACGUCAACGACGCUUUCGGCACUGCCCACCGCGCCCACAGCUCCAUGGUCGGCGUCGAGCUCCCCCAGAAGGCCGCCGGUUUCCUUGUGAAGAAAGAGCUCGAGUACUUCGCCAAGGCUCUCGAGAACCCUGCGCGUCCCUUCCUCGCCAUCCUGGGUGGCGCUAAGGUGUCCGACAAGAUUCAGCUGAUCGACAACCUGCUGCCUAAGGUGAACAGCCUGAUCAUCACCGGCGCCAUGGCCUUCACCUUCAAGAAGACCCUCGAGAACGUCAAGAUCGGUAACUCCCUCUUCGACGAGGCUGGCAGCAAGAUCGUCGGCGACAUCGUCGAGAAGGCCAAGAAGUACAAUGUCGAGAUCGUCCUGCCCGUCGACUACGUCACCGCCGACAAGUUCUCCGCCGACGCCACCGUCGGCACUGCCACCGAUGCCACCGGCAUCGCUGACGGCCUCAUGGGUCUGGACGUCGGCCCCGAGUCCGUCAAGCUGUACCAGAAGACCAUCGCCCAGGCUAAGACUAUCCUCUGGAACGGUCCCCCCGGUGUCUUCGAGCUGAAGCCCUUCGCCAACGCCACCGAGAAGACCCUCGACGCUGCCGUCAACGCCGCCCAGUCCGGCUCCAUCGUUAUCAUCGGCGGUGGUGACACUGCCACCGUUGCUGCCAAGUACGGCGUUGAGGACAAGCUCUCCCACGUCUCUACUGGUGGUGGUGCCUCCCUCGAGCUCCUGGAGGGCAAGGAGCUGCCCGGUGUUGCUGCUCUGUCCAGUAAGUAA